AUGGCCUCUCAACAAAAGAAAAGGUUUGGCUUGUUUAGAAAAAAGACUGAAGAUAAACACGCUAUGGUAAUGUCAUUAAAUUUUUCUAUAAAUGAUGAAAACACAAUUUCUAAUGAUUCACCUACACACCUUACUCUUACAACUCCUAAAACCCCCAAGUCGUCUCUUGCUAAAUCGUCUAGACGUUCAUUUGCUGUAUUUGAAGACACACCUAAACAUAAAAGUACCACAAAUUCUGUUGAUUUUACAAUGCUUAAUGCUCUUAAAGAUAUAAUAGGUAUUGGAACAACUGACAUAGAAAGAACACGUUCAGCAAUGGAACAACUUAAAGAAAUGUUUGCUAAUCCAAGUGAUGCUGUUAUUAAUACAUUAGUUCCAAAUGUGUUAAGACCAAAUAAAAAAUAUAUUACAAAAGAGUCAGUAUAUUAUGUAAUUAUGGACUCGUUAGGAGAUAGUCAAAAUAAAAUAUAUGACUGCUGGUCAAGUUUACAAUUACCAAUUGAAGUAUGGACCGGUAAAUAUACUUGUUUCAAUGUUUUACUAGAUUGUGCUAAUGAAAAAGAAUUUGCAAUAGAAACUGAUAUUGAGUCAACUUCUAGAAACUUUGAUCUAUUUUCUUAUGAGAUAAUUAAUAUUGAUGAUGACUUUACAUUUUUCAAACAAUUCCUUUAUCUUCAACCUAAAACAAUAUUCUAUAUAUUUCCUGAAAGUGCCACUAUUUUGUGUUAUCAAAAAACACAAAAAAUUCAAUUUGUUAUGGCCUUUAGACCAAGUGGAUUAAGAAGAUUCAUCUUACCAAUAAAUGAAGAUUGUUCUAAGUGGUGGAUAAAAACAUUAAACACAGAUGAAAAACCAAUUAAAUCUAAGAAUAAUACAAAGCUUCAAGAUCAACUUAUGAAAUUAGAAGCCCAACUUAUAGUCAAAAAUUAUAAAUUUGGAGUAUUAUAUGCAAAACCUAAUCAAAAAACAGAAGAUGAAAUAUAUAGCAAUACAGAAUGUUCUUCAGCAUUUUGGAAGUUCAUGGAUUUAAUUGCUUCAAAGAAAGAACAAUUAAAUUGGAAUAGAUUUAUAGGUGGUUUAGAUUCAAAGAAUAGUAGAACAGGUGAAUAUUUUUAUUUCAGUUUUUAUGAAAAAUUUUCAUACGAAAUUGUUUUUCAUGUUGCUCCAUUACUUCCAGAUAAUGAAGGUAAUCAAAAGUUAGAAAGAAAAAGACAUAUAGGAAAUGAUAUUGUUGUUAUUGUUUUUAAAGAAAUGGCUGAUUCAACUGAUACUUUUGAUCCACGCUGUAUCACUUCACAUUUCAAUCAUAUUUUCAUUGUUGUCACUCCUGAAAAGAAUGAUGAAACUAAUGAAAUAUAUCAUGUCAAUGUUGUUUGUAAAAGUGAAAUUCUUCCAUUCCCCCCAUUUCUAGAAAAUUCAGUAUUUCAUCAUGACAUUCAUUUUAAACAAUUUUUAACUAGGAAAUUGUUAAAUGCUGAGAGAACAGCAAUGAAUUGUGGUAUUUUUGUCAAUAACUCAGUUAAGUCAAAUGAAAGAAUUAUAAAACAUAUCAUUUCUUCAAUAAAAUCUAAAACUCUAUUUGUUGUAAUGGAAGAUAAUCAACAUAAUGUAACUUAUGAACAAAUUCAACCUAAAGGUUUUUCUGAAGAAGUUAUUGUAAAAAAACAUAACUUUUUUCAUAAAAACAAUAGACGAGAACACAGUUAUGACCCACAACGAAUUAAAUGUCAAAAUCAUAUUUCUCAUAUAGGAAUUAAUUUUACUUUGAUUCUUUCUGAAAUAAUAUUCAUCUUCCAGAUCAUUGAACUUGGUUUUUAUGUUUGGUAUGUUUCUUUGUUAAUUUUAAUCUUAUUUAUUCCUUUAUAUAUAUUAGCUACUAUUUCUUAUAAUCGUUGUGUUCAAGUAAAAGAAAAACUUUAUGUCCCUCUAAAUCAUUACAUUGAAGGAGAAAAUGAAUGUACAAUUUGUCAUUGUACAAAACCAGAGAGAAGUCAUCAUUGUUCAAAAUGUGGUCGAUGUGUUCUAAAAAUGGAUCACCACUGUCCAUUUGUUGGCAGUUGUAUUGGUUAUGCAAAUCAUAAAUAUUUCUUUCUGACACUCUUUUAUACAUUUAUACUUUGUACAUUUCUUUUUGUUCUAACAAUCCUUAUUCUUUGUACAAUUAUAGCAAAAAUAAUUUCAAAAGAAUCAUUUAAAUUUGAAGAGAUAUUUUUACCAUUUCAUGCUAUUCAAAUGUUCUUAUCAAUUUAUUUCAUGUUUGUUACCUUUCUUAUGUUAUGUCAACAAUUAUAUCACAUUGUUCAAAAUGAAACAGGUAUUGAAUUGAAACAAAAUAAUAGUAGUUGGACUUCAUUUAGAAAAAAUAAACAAGUCAAUAGAUUUAAUGUGGGAUUUAAAGAAAAUCUUAAAGAAGUAUUCGGUGAUUCAUGGCUGUACUAUUUUUUACCAGUUUGGACUACAAAAGGAGAUGGAUACUCUUAUCCUACAAACAAUUCUUUUAAUGAUACACUUUAA